CUUGUCUUUUUUGCUAAGAUUUUCUUCUUCAAAUUUACCAAAUCUUUCUGCCUUUUAUUCCAACAAUUCUUUCUUUCUAACUCACCCACCUCAAAUGAAUAUCCAAAUUUUCACCCCCUUAAACUCUCUACUUCAAUCGAUUUUUAUAGUCUUCUUCGUGGUUGUAGUUGUUCGAGGAAGAUCCUCCAACACGAGUUUCGAUGUUUGCGAGCAAUUCGAGCCGAAAAACUGUGGAAAAGGUCCUAAUAUCAAUUACCCAUUUUGGAUUCUUAAUUCUAACAAUUCCCAUUGUGGAAAUCCCAAGUUUGCAGUCACUUGCGACGAGCAAAACCACACGAUUAUCGAUCUCUCAGGGGAGGAAUAUAUAAUCAAGGAUGUUUUCUAUUCCAAUAAUUCAUUUCUUAUUGCCAAUUCUAAAGUCUAUAAUGAUCUUUUUACUUAUAAUUACACAUGUCCAAUUCCUCUUCAUAACUUUACCCUUAAUGAUACUCCCUUUGAAUAUAGCCCUUCUACUUUUGACAUCUUUUUCUUCUAUAAUUGCACACAAAAUCCAAUUGAUCCUGCCUACAACAUUCCUUGUGAAAACAAUAAUAACAGUUCACUCCACUCUUUUGUGGUUUAUCAUGAGGAGAAAUUGCUACAUAAUAAUUUUUCUAUUGAGUCUUGUGAAUCGUUGGUUAAUGCUCCGAUUGAAGCUGCGGAUAUAAGUGUGUUGCUGAAUAUGAAUUUCACCGAUGUUUUGAGGAAUGGUUUUGUUUUACAAUGGAACGAUAGUUUAUGCAGUCGAUGUGUUAGAAGCGGCGGCGAUUGUAGGUAUAAUAGUACCGGAGAAUUCAUAUGUUCUUGCUCGGGUCAAUCCCAUUCCGAGACAUGUCCAGAAAAUGGUAAAAGUUUGAUAUAUAAAAGUAGAUUAUUUAAAUUUAAGUUCAUUUAUUUAAAUAUUUCUUAACUAGAUUUAGAUUAAACU